AUGUGCGGCUGCACGCACAGUGCCCAGGACCAAACUCUCCACGUGGAAGGGGAGCCCGAUUCUUCUGCAGCCCCAACAUCUACCUUAGCACCUAAGAAAAUGCCCAAAAGCAUUUCAAUAUCCAAACAACUGGCUUCAAUCAAAGCUCUGGGGAAGGGCUCAGAUCUGGAGAGAGCCAUCGCCACUGCUGCUCUGAUCUUCAGAAAUUCUUCUGACGCUGAGGGUAAACUUGAAAAAGCUACUGCCAAAAAUCUGCUACAAACCCAAUUUAGGAAUUUCACAGAGGGACAAGAAACCAAACCAAAGUUCAGAGACCUCCUUUCUGAACUUGAUGAGCAUACAGAAAAUAAGCUCGACUUUGAGGAUUUCAUGAUCUUACUGUUAAGCAUCACUGUCAUGUCAGACUUGCUACAAACUAUAUGGAAUGUAAAAAUGACGAAAUAA